AUGGCAUCGAGCGAAGUUGAUCGCAAGUUUCUGGGUGUAUGUGCUACGGUUCAGCAGAUUUGGAGCUCGGCUGACAUCGACAAGCACUUCGCCAAAUCUACCAUCAACCAUCAUGGUUAUCUGUCCAGCUUUCUUUUCCGAAUACUUGGUUUGUCGGUCGUACUCAGCGAGGAUCUUUUGCAAGCUAGGAGAGUCAAGCGGCUCGACCCGAUCCGCGAUCCACAACACCGGCGCCUCGUCCAUCACAUCCUAUGGCUCGCCCGAGAGGGACUGGUCAUGAUGGAACAAUAUGUUCAGCCUAUGGUCGGUAAACGUCUACCGGCAGAGCUGCAAGUGCUGGUGCUUAAGCUGAAGGCCAGUCUGUACCACAUAUUCGUGUUGUUUCAUAACGAGCCAGCAGUCAACGAUCGGAUCAACUCUCAUCCAUCACAGUCGUCCUUGUUCCCAUUACCACUAUCGCCCAAGUCACGCUCUUCAAAUUCGCCGACCUCGCCGCCAACAGCACGGCAGCGCUCCCCGGCCAUUUCGCUCGGAAGAACACCACCUGGUCUGUCGUAUCCUCCGAACAACUCCAAUAACCCAUACAGCUACGCGAAUUUGCCAUCCUCAGCAUCUGCAACAUAUCUUUUACCAUUGACCGACUAUCGGCCAGCAGCCACAACGGCGUUCAAGGAAGCCGACAUACUUGCCGAGCGGCUGCUGCCAGGCAGUCAUCCAGUGAGGCUAAGUGUGAAGGUGGAGUAUGUAGCUUAUAUGUAUGAUUGUGUCAAGGAUCGGGAAGCGAGUCGGAAGUUGGCGAGGAGGGCUGUGAGGGAGGUGUAUGAGGAGACUGCCGGAAUGGACGACGAGUCGUUUGAAGAUGCAGCAGAACUCGUCGGCAUCCUUGGCCGUAUGAUGAAAAGAGGACUAGGUAGCACAGACAGUGGUGGCAGCGGAGCUAGUGCGACGAGUCGGCCUGGUGGCGGUGGUGGCGGCUCGGUACAGCAGCAUUCAGCAGCCACAGCUGUGGCUCCGGCCUCGGCUGCACCGGUGGCGUCGGAUUCGAGGACGAGAGGCAAUAGUACUGGUGGUAGUAGAAGUGGGGGCGUGGGAGGUGGUGGAGGAGGCACCGUGACUGCUAGUCGCAAUAGCAGUAGUAGAAGCGCAGCAGCAGCGCAAUCAGCUCAGCAAGAUUCGCGGCAAGCAUCACAACAGGGACAUCGGCGUGCGAGAAGCAGUCAGAGCCAGAGUCAGAGUCAAAGUCGGGCACAGCAGCCACCACAGACACAGCUGACAUCACAAAGUUCUGCUAGUCGAGGCAGCAAUAAUGGGAGGUCACGGAAGGGGACCAGUGACGGCGCAGGAGGAAGCAGUUCGAGAGGAUACGUUGCAACUACUCAGCCACGACUUGGGUAUGAGGCGAGCAGUAUUGGUACCGUUGAGUAUUAG